AAAUGGUAGAAAGAUGUGUGAAAAACUGCGUACAAGCAGUGUGUUGCAGAACUAAGUCAAAGGCAUAGAUUAAAUAAGCCAACAAAAUUGACAGAAAUGCCCCUGACAAACUUCUAGGAAGCAGGGUAGCAAUUGCGGUCUGCUUUGUAUGUUCUCCAGAAUCAAACCUGUUCAGCUAAUUAUUCUCUGUUCCUUGGCUGUCAAUCUGUCAUCAAUGAGGUUUCAUCCAUCAACUUUCUCUCCUCAUCACUUUCCUUGAAAGUUUAGUUGAUACCCCCAUAUGUAUAUCUAUAUAUAUAAAACAGUUCAUUCAACACAACCAUUCACAACAACAAAAACUCACAUAAUCACAUUACAUAUUAGUAAUGGCUGGGAUUGGCAAAUUAGGAGUUGUUGAUUUUGAGGAUCUUCUACCGGUGAUCGCUGACAAGCUCGGCGGUGAAGGUCUAAUGAAGGAGCUUUGCAAUGGGUUCCAGUUGCUGAUGGACAAGGACAAAGGUGUGAUCACUUUGGAGAGUUUAAGGAAAAACUCUGCUCUGAUGGGUUUGCAGGAUUUGAAGGAGGAUGAGCUCGUGAGCAUGUUGAGGGAAGGAGAUCUUGAUGGUGAUGGGGCACUCACUCAGAUGGAGUUCUGUGUUUUGAUGUUCAGAUUAAGUCCUCAGUUGAUGGAGGAAUCGUGGGUUUUGCUUGAACAGGCUCUGCAUAGUGAACUCAACAACAAGAACAAAAGUAAUUAAUGCUUCAUUUUGAUUUGGAACCAUUCUUGGCGGUGGUAAAUUGUUGCUUGGAGGUAUAGGAGACGACACCACUUUAAUUUGCACGCUUGAAGGGGACAUCUUUGUUCUUAUUUCACUUGUUUCAAAUAUAAGUCAUCCUUCUGCCAUGAUUAGCCUUUUGCUCUUGUUGAUUAUGUUGCUUCUCUUUUUCACAUUUGAAGUUGAAUAGAAGAAAAAUUAGAAAUUUGAUUAUGCAUGUACUAUUGGAAAUUUAUAAGGAUAACCUAGAUAGAAUGUAGAUACAAAAUCAUAGCAUGUUUGAUAAUCUAUACACGUAUAAUUAAAUCAUAUUAUUUGCGUA